AUGAAACAAAGACGAGCAUUAACGGCAGGCUUCCCUCUGUCGAUCGAGCAUACCUGCAACACGAAAUCUUUAAUUUCUUCGAAGAUAUUUCGAGUAGAAUUGAGAAGCGUUCCCGUGGUUUCCGAGCUCUUUGCACUGCGCCUCUCACUGCGAUUUAACCGUUAUCGUGGGCAAUCUGACGAGCACGUAGGUGAACUCGAAGCAUUGACAGUUGAACGUCACGAAUUAAAUUCGACAAAUAAACUCCGGAUGGUCGUUGGGGCCUGAGCUUUGCGACAUGUGGACUAGCAGCGACGUUCUCUGCUGCACUGCCUCGAUAUUGCAUCUGGUGGCUAUCGCGGUCGACAGAUAUUGGGCAGUCACCGAUCUCAAUUAUAUACAGGCGAGGAAUCCACGGCGGAUCGGUAUGUUGAUCGUCACCGUCUGGGUGGUGUCCUUAGGAAUCUCGUUGGCGCCUCAACUUGGCUGGAAGGAUCCUCAUUACUUGGAACGUAUAGCGGACGGGAAGUGUCUCGUAUCACAGGAUCCUGCAUACCAGAUUUUCGCCACUUGCGCCACGUUCUAUCUACCCCUGCUGGUUAUUCUAUUCCUGUACUGGAGGAUAUUUCAGGCGGCACGAAAGCGAAUCAGAAAGAGACCGGGAACUAUCGUGCAACCACCCCGUGAAAGAAGAGGCAUCCUUACACUCGUCACAAGAAGGUUUCGCUUCUCCCCCCCUCCUCCAGCUCCAUUCCUUCCUCCCAAGCCAAGAACUCUGAAUAGAUACACGGUUUGCGAGACUCGCCGAGGGAGGAGUCGACGGCGUUCACCAUAACGAGAUCCACGCCGGACCAUUCGUCAAUCUCGCCGGAGAAGUCGUCGUCGUACAACGGCGCGAACGCCACCCAGUCGACCACCGUGACACCGUCGGCGGUAUCGACGACCACGACGACCACGACCACCACCGUGACGAAUCCUUCGUGCAGCCACUCGACCACGUCGUCGAGCAAGAGGACACGCGAAACGAUCGAGUCGAAACGCGAGAGGAAAGCGGCGAAAACGCUGGCGAUAAUCACCGGGGCGUUCGUUGCCUGUUGGUUGCCUUUCUUCUUGGUCACGUUGCUCCGUGUCACGUGCGAGGCCUGCGAGCCACCGGAGUUGAUGGCAAGCGUCUUCCUGUGGCUGGGCUACUUCAACAGCACCCUGAACCCUGUGAUAUACACGGUAUUUUCACCAGAGUUCAGGCAAGCCUUCAAGAGGAUGCUCUGCGGUGGUUCCAGGAUAAUUCGCUGA